AUCACGUCAUUGUACAAUUGGAACUCAAGUACAUAGAAGCAAAGUAUCAUCAGGUUUAGAUAUGCUUUUGUUGAGUUUUAUUAUUCUGAUUCCUCGAAAUUUGAACGCCAGUAUGUUCUGGUAUUCUAGUAACAGGUUUUUGAUGCAGCUAAAGAUGGAAAGGCCUGGUGGAAUGAGAAAUUCAGAUUCUAAUCCAUGUUACUGGGCAUGCUUUAUUUUAAGUUUGGUUAAUCAGUGAUGCAUAUGUACUUAAAUCUAAUCACAAACGGUGAAAUUACCGUGUGCUGGACUGUAAUGCUGUAUUCUGGCCUUGUAAAAAGUUCUGCUCUAUAAAUAGACUUUGGCCAAGGAGGAGGGCAUAUUAUGGGACUUGUUAUUUGGUGUUAUGAUUUAUGUGUCUACAAAUAACUUAUAAAUAUUUAUUAUAAUUUUAGAAAUCACCCUUUUGUUUCUAAAUAAAAAUCCAUCAUUAAAGAAAAUUAUAUUUAGAAAUUCUUUAGAUUAGGAAGGUUUUGACACAGUGUUAGGUGUUCUGUUUCUACUUCAUCCAUCCCUCUGAAUACUUCUGGCAUCUUUUGUGUGUAAUCAUGAAAUGAGAGGAAGAUGUGUGUGCAAUCAGCAGAAAAUUAAACAUUUAGAUAUAUGGCAUGUAUUUUACAGCGCAAGAUAAAUGCCUUAUCUUCAUCUUGUUUUGACUUUGAUUAUAUGGAGGGUGCUAUUGAGUCUGUAUUUGUUGGUGAAAUCAAAUUCAGCUUACGUCAGUCCUUGGUCAAACUUCGGGUUGGUUUUAUUUCUAAGGUUCCCAAACUACAAGUGUUACUAUGUGACUUAGAAGUUGUUAUGCGGCCAUUAAAUAAAAGCUCAAAGAAAACUAAAACUCGUAAACCGCGCUCUUCAGGCAGGGGAAAAUGGAUGGUUGUUGCUAACACUGCAAGAUUUUUGUCAGUUUCUGUAACAGACAUGGUUGUGAAGACGCUCAAGGCUGCUGUUGAAGUCAAGGAACUGACAGUGGAUAUAUCAAAAGAUGGUGGAUCAAAGCCAGGUCUUCUGGUUAAGCUACACAUAUUACCUAUUUUUGUAUGCAUAGGUGAACCACGGAUCUGUUGUGACCAAUCAUCCAACUUAAAUGCUGGAGGAUGCAUUUCUUCCAGCCAAGCAUCAUUUGCCAUGAUGGAAAAGUCUUCUGCUCCAUUUAGCUGUGAAGAAUUUUCUCUCUCAUGUGAAUUUGGUCAUGAUAGGUUUGAUGAUGAAUGUGCUUGGUGUAUGUUACUUUCUCUAUUUCUUCUCUCUUUGUCAACAGUACACCCUAACUCAAAUAUACCAACCUCACCUAUCAGAGCUGAGAUUGAUGUUAAGUUGGGCGGUACUCAAUGCAACAUCAUAAUGAGUAGAUUAAAGCCAUGGUUGCGCCUCCACUUGUCAAAGAAGAAAAGAAUGGUUCUUCGAGAAGAAAAUUCUACUAUUGGAAGGCCACAAUCAAGUGAUUCCAAAGUUGUUAUGUGGACAUGCACUGUAUCAGCCCCUGAAAUGACCGUUAUACUUUAUAGUAUCAGUGGUUUGCCACUUUAUCAUGGUUGCUCACAAUCGUCACAUGUAUUUGCAAAUAACAUUUCAAGUAUGGGAACUGCAGUACACAUGGAACUUGGUGAACUGAAUUUGCACAUGGCAGAUGAAUAUCAAGAAUCCUUGAAAGAGAACCUUUUUGGUGUGGAAUCAAAUUCUGGUUCCUUAAUGCAUAUCGCAAAGCUUAGUCUGGAUUGGGGCAAAAAAGAAAUGGACUCGUCUGAAGAAAAUGGUCUUAAGUCUAAAUUGGUCCUUUCUGUUGAUGUGACUGGUAUGGGUGUUAACUUGAAUUUCAAGCACAUUGAGUCACUUAUAGUAACUGCCAUGUCUUUUCAAGAUCUCUUUAAAACUCUAUCUGCGUCUGGUAAAAGAACAACACAGAGCCGAGGUGGGCAUUUAUCCAAAUCGUCUGGGAAAGGAACUCGACUCUUGAUAUUUAAUCUUGAACGGUGCUUUGUAAAUUUUUGUGGUGACACUGACUUGGACAACACUGUUGUUGCGGAUCCCAAGCGUGUAAAUUAUGGAUCACAGGGUGGUCGAGUUGUAAUUAGUGUCUUAGCCGAUGGCACACCGCGUACUGCAAAUAUCAUGUCCACUGAAUCUGAUGAAUUCAAGAAGUUGAAGUACUCUGUUUCUCUUGACAUCUUCCAUUUUAGUUUGUGUGUGAACAAGGAAAAGCAAUCUACACAGAUAGAACUUGAAAGAGCCAGAUCUAUCUAUCAGGAACAGUUGGAGGAACAUAAACCUGCUACAAAAGUGUCGCUUUUUGAUAUGCAGAAUGCCAAAUUUGUACGGCGUUCUGGUGGUCUAAAGGAGAUUUCUGUCUGCUCUCUUUUCAGCGCUACUGAUAUUACCGUCCGGUGGGAACCUGAUGCGCAUCUGGCACUAUUUGAACUUGUCCUGCAAUUGAAGCAACUGGUACACAACCAGAAGCUUCAGGGACAUGGUGAGAAACAUAUAGAAGAUGUCUGUUAUGUAAGAGAUGCUGAAGAGAAGAAAGAAGCCAUCAUGGAAUCAGGUCAUGUUGACAAGCACAAGAAGAAGGAAUCCAUAUUUGCCGUUGAUGUUGAAAUGCUGAGUAUAUAUGCUGAAGUUGGAGAUGGGGUUGAUGCUAUGGUGCAGGUUCAGUCGAUUUUCUCGGAGAAUGCUCGUAUAGGAGUGCUUCUAGAAGGACUUAUUCUUACUUUCAAUGGGUCCAGACUAUUUAAAAGUAGCCGGAUGCAAAUAUCUCGUAUUCCUAGUACUUCAAGUUGUCCAUCUGAUGGGAAUUUUCCAGCGGCCACCACUUGGGAUUGGGUAAUUCAAGGACUUGAUGUUCAUAUUUGCAUGCCAUUCAGGUUGCAGUUGCGUGCCAUUGACGAUGCUGUUGAGGAUAUGCUGCGAGGUUUAAAGCUUAUAAGUGCUGCCAAAACUAAGCUUAUAUUUCCUACGAAGAAUGACAGUUCAAAACCUAAAAAGCCUGUUUCAAUGAAGUUUGGCUGUUUGAAGUUUUGUAUUCGCAAGUUGACUGCUGAUAUUGAGGAAGAACCAAUGCAGGGUUGGCUUGAUGAACAUUACCAGCUGAUGAAGAAUGAAGCCUGUGAGUUAGCUGUCAGGUUAAAAUUUCUAGAAGAAUUCAUUUCCAAAGCCAAACAAUCUCCCAAGUCUUCUGAAACAAAUGAUUCUCCUUGUGAAAGAAAGGUUUGCUAUAAUGGAGUUGAGAUUGAUAUAAAUGAUCCUUCUGCUAUUGACAAAGUGCAAGAAGAAAUUCAUAAACAGUCAUUCCGUUCCUAUUACCAGGCAUGCCAAAAUCUGGCACCAGCAGAAGGUUCGGGGGCCUGUAGGGAAGGCUUUCAGGCUGGUUUUAAGCCUAGUAUUUCCAGAACUUCUGUUAUUUCCAUUUCUGCUACAGAGUUAGAUGUGACCUUGACAAGGAUUGACGGUGGAGAUGCUGGGAUGGUAGAGCUUCUGAAGAAGCUAGAUCCUGUUUGUAGGGAAAAUAAUAUACCAUUUUCUCGGCUCUAUGGGAGUAAUAUUCUCUUGCAUACUGGCACCCUAAUUGCUAAUUUAAGAAAUUACACGUUCCCCCUUCUUUCUGCAACUACUGGUAAAUGUGAUGGUUGCCUUGUGCUAGCACAACAGGCCACAUGUUUUCAGCCCCAAAUUUACCAAGAUGUCUUCAUUGGAAGAUGGAGAAAGGUUCGCAUGCUUCGUUCAGCAAGUGGAACAACUCCUCCUAUGAAAAUAUACUUUGAUUUGCCUAUAUCUUUUCAGAAAGGAGAAGUGUCCUUUGGAGUGGGAUACGAACCAGCUUUUGCUGAUAUUAGCUAUGCUUUUACUGUAGCACUUCGUAGGGCUAAUUUAAGUAUUUGGAAUCCAGGUCCCCUAAUUCAGCCACCAAAGAACGAAAAGAACUUACCAUGGUGGGAUGAUAUGAGAAAUUACAUUCAUGGAAAUAUCACCUUACACUUUUCUGAAACCAAAUGGAACCUACUUGCAACUACUGACCCUUAUGAGAAGCUUGACAAGCUUCAAAUUGUAUCAGCUAUGAUGGAGAUCAAGCAGUCAGAUGGUCGUGUUCAUGUUUCUGCGGAGGACUUUAAGAUAUUUCUGAGCAGCUUGGAGAGUAUGGCUAAGAGUCGUGGCUUAAAACUUCCUGCUGGCAUAUCUGGUGCUUUACUUGAAGCCCCAGUCUUUACUCUUGAAGUUACAAUGGAUUGGGAAUGUGAUUCUGGAAAUCCACUGAAUCAUUAUUUAUUUGCACUUCCUGUUGAAGGGAAAUCUCGUGGUAAAGUUUUUGAUCCCUUCAGAUCUACUUCUCUCUCCCUUCGCUGGAGUUUCUCUCUUAGACCUGGUCUUCCUGCACCUGAGAAAUCACCCCCAUCUACCUUGGGAGAUAGCACCAUUGUAGAUGGAACUGUCUAUGGUCCACCUUAUAAGUCUGAGAACACUCCAGUAGCUUCACCAAAAUUGAAUAUCGGUGCUCAUGAUUUAGCAUGGUUAAACAAAUUUUGGAACUUGAAUUAUAUUCCUCCUCACAAAUUGCGUACUUUCUCUAGGUGGCCUCGUUUUGGAAUUCCACGAUUUAUCAGAUCAGGGAAUUUGUCAUUAGACAAGGUUAUGACAGAAUUUAUGCUCCGCAUAGAUGUUACACCUACUUGUAUAAAGCAUAUGUCCUUAGAUGAUGAUGAUCCAGCCAAAGGACUGACGUUUACUAUGUCCAAGCUGAAGUAUGAAAUCUGUUAUAGUCGUGGCAAGCAAAAAUAUACUUUUGAAUGCAGGCGUGAUCCUCUUGAUCUUGUUUAUCAGGGUCUUGACCUUCAUGUGCCUAAGGUUUUUAUAAAUAAAGAAGAUUGCACCAGUGUAGCAAAAGUAGUUCAAAUGACAAGGAAAAGUUCUCAGUCUGCCUCCAUGGAUAGAGUUCCUAGUGAAAAACGUAAUGUUAUGAAUGGUUGCACUGAGAAACACCGUGAUGAUGGAUUUUUAUUAUCUUCUGACUAUUUUACAAUUAGAAGGCAGGCCCCGAAGGCUGAUCCUGCUAGGUUAUUAGCAUGGCAAGAGGCUGGAAGAAGAAAUCUUGAGAUGACGUAUGUGAGGUCCGAGUUUGAGAAUGGGAGUGAGAGUGACGAGCACACGCGGUCUGACCCAAGUGAUGAUGAUGGAUACAAUGUGGUAAUAGCUGACAAUUGCCAGCGUGUUUUUGUUUAUGGUCUUAAGCUUUUGUGGACUAUAGAGAACAGAGAUGCUGUUUGGUCCUGGGUUGGCGGGAUAUCAAAAGCAUUUGAACCUUCAAAGCCUUCUCCUUCUCGACAAUAUGCACAGAGGAAAUUACUGGAGGAGAAACAGAAAAAUGAAGUUGAAACACUUAAAGAUGAUAUUUCUAAGUCCCCCACUACCAGCAAUGCUGCCGUUUCCCCUUCUCAACAAGGGGAGACAUCAGGAACGCUUUCAUCUCCAUCAGAGUCAGUUAAAAUGGAGAAUUCAUCAUCUGUUAUGGUUGCGAAAAAUGAUAGCAUCAAUGACUUUGAGGAGGAGGGAACUCGUCAUUUUAUGGUCAACGUUAUUGAGCCACAAUUUAAUCUUCAUUCAGAAGAGGCCAAUGGUAGAUUUCUGCUUGCUGCUGUCAGUGGCCGUGUUUUAGCCCGAUCAUUUCAUUCAGUCCUUCAUGUUGGAUAUGAGAUGAUUGAACAAGCACUUGGUACCACAAAUGUGCAUAUUCCUGAAUGUGGACCUGAAAUGACAUGGAAACGCAUGGAGCUCUCUGUGAUGUUGGAGCAUGUUCAGGCUCAUGUUGCACCUACUGAUGUUGACCCAGGGGCUGGACUGCAGUGGCUUCCUAAAAUUCGGAGAAGCUCUCCAAAAGUAAAGCGCACUGGUGCUCUACUUGAAAGAGUUUUUAUGCCUUGUGAUAUGUAUUUUCGAUACACAAGGCACAAAGGUGGGACUCCAGACCUGAAGGUGAAGCCCUUAAAAGAGCUCACUUUCAAUUCUCGCAAUAUAACAGCUACGAUGACAUCUCGCCAGUUUCAGGUUAUGCUUGAUGUGUUGACUAAUCUUCUCUUUGCACGGCUUCCCAAGCCUCGAAAAAGUAGUUUGUCUUUUCCUACUGAAGAUGAUGAAGAUGUUGAAGAGGAGGCAGAUGAGGUGGUUCCUGAUGGUGUCGAAGAGGUAGAACUUGCAAGAAUUAACCUUGAACAGAAAGAGCGGGAGCAGAAGUUGAUUCUUCACGACAUUAGGAAAUUGUCUCUUCAUUGUGAUACUUCAGGAGAUCUAUGUCAAGAAAAAGAAGGCGAUUUGUGGAUAGUAGCCAGUGGGAAAUCAACAUUGAUACAAGGACUGAAGAAAGAGCUUGUAAAUGCACAAAAAUCUAGGAAGGCGGCAUCUGCAUCUUUAAGAUUGGCUCUGCAGAAAGCUGCUCAGUUACGACUGAUGGAGAAGGAGAAAAACAAAAGUCCAUCCUAUGCUAUGCGGAUUUCCUUGCAAAUUAACAAAGUUGUUUGGGGCAUGCUUGUAGAUGGUAAAUCUUUUGCUGAGGCUGAGAUAAAUGACAUGAUUUAUGAUUUUGACCGGGAUUACAAAGAUAUUGGUGUCGCUCAGUUUACAACUAAGUACUUUGUUGUAAGAAACUGCCUGCCAAAUGCCAAGUCUGAUAUGCUUUUAUCAGCAUGGAAUCCUCCGCCAGAAUGGGGAAAAAAAUUCAUGCUUCGUGUUGAUGCAAAGCAGGGAGCUCCAAAGGAUGGAAACUCUCCUCUUGAACUUUUCCAGGUAGAAAUUUACCCCCUUAAGAUCCAUUUGACAGAGACAAUGUACAGAAUGAUGUGGGAGUAUUUCUUCCCAGAAGAAGAACAAGACUCACAACGGCGGCAGGAAGUUUGGCAGGUCUCAACAACUGCUGCUGGCAGACGUGGUGGUAAGAAAGGCUUAUCAAUGCAUGAAGCUUCAGCCUCAAGCAGUCAUCCUACAAAAGAGUCUGAGGUCUUAUCCAAACAAAGUGCCUCUGCAGUACCCUUUUCUUCUUCAACCAGUCAGCUUCCUGCUGAUUCUUUGCAAGCAUCAAAGUUGCAAAAUGUGAAGACAAGUGCUGUUCGCAGUUCAGCUCCUGAGCUUAGAAGAACGUCUUCUUUUGACAGAAAUUGGGAAGAGACUGUAGCAGAAUCUGUUGCUAAUGAACUUGUCCUACAGGUUCACUCUCCCAGUGGUGUGUCACUUGGUUCUCUUGAGCAACAAGAUGAUAUGUCUAAGAGCAAAUGGAAAGACUCCAAGCCUGUGAAGCUUGGUCGGUCAUCACAUGAAGAAAAAUUGAAGCCUGGUCGGUCAUCACAUGAAGAAAAAAAGAUUUCCAAAGUGCAAGAAGAGAAAAGAUCCAGGCCUCGAAAAAUGAGGGAAUUUCACAACAUCAAGAUAAGUCAGGUCGAGCUACUGGUUACUUACGAAGGAUCAAGAUUUGUUGUGAAUGAUCUUAAGUUGCUGAUGGAUACAUUUCAUCGUGUUGAGUUCACUGGCACUUGGAGGAGACUCUUCUCACGAGUUAAGAAGCAUAUCAUCUGGGGGGUUCUAAAGUCUGUGACUGGAAUGCAGGGUAAGAAGUUCAAAGACAAAGCACAUAGUCAACAACCUAGUGGAACUGGUGUUCCUGACAGUGACCUUAAUUUGAGUGACACUGAGCAAGGGCAAAUGGUGAAAGCUGAUCAGUAUCCAAUAACCUGGCUCAAGCGGCCAAGUGAUGGAGCAGGUGAUGGGUUUGUAACUUCGAUAAGGGGACUGUUCAAUACCCAACGUCGCAAGGCCAAGGCAUUUGUGCUACGGACUAUGAGGGGGGAAGCGGAGAAUGAUUUUCAGGGGGAAUGGAGUGAAAGUGAUGUGGAAUUCUCCCCCUUUGCUAGGCAGCUUACCAUAACAAAAGCAAAGAGACUUAUCAGGCGGCACACGAAGAAAUUUCGGACAAGAGGACAAAAAGGUUCAUCUUCCCAGCAGAGAGAAUCACUUCCAUCAUCUCCAAGGGAAACCACUCCAUUCGAAAGUGACUCUUCUAGUGGAUCCUCCCCUUAUGAAGAUUUUCAUGAGUAGAAGUAUUUUUAAUCAUCAAUUUCUUUUGCAUUUGAGUCGAGUACAUAGCUUGGUGUACAUGAUUGUGUACAACUUUGAGCCUUGUGAUUCCUUUGGAUGAAGACGGGAAAGAUGAUGAAGCUCUCCGCAAAUAAAAUCAGGCUGCGUUAUUCCUGAGGAUUUAAAGUACACAUCCGCUAAGACCUCCCAUUUUCACUACAUGA